GUCUAAAACCCCGCCCUUGUUCCCUCCCACAAUAGUUGUUUGACUUCUGACUGCUCAGUGCUCUGGCCUGGGGCCAAGACUACUCAUCGAGCUGCUCAUGGUACACUUAAAGAACUAUGGCCACUAGUCAAAAUUGUUUAGGAGUUGAUGAUCUUGUUGACGUUCUUGACUUAUUAAAGAGAUGUGGCUUCCCAGAAACAAAAUGGCAUCAGCUUGGACUGAGACUAGGACUAAGGAAGAAUACACUGGAUACUAUUGAAAUGAAAUAUCAUAGUGAUGUGUAUCGUUGUAUGACUGAGUGUCUCUCCCAAUGGUUAAGUAGAGCUGAUAAUGUUGACAGUAGAGGAGGAGCCAACUUGGACUCACUGUCAGAUGCUCUACGAUCUAUCAAUGAAACUGCUGUAGCUGAGAAGCUAAGUGAGUCAACCAUGCAUAACUGUAUUUACAUGUAUAUUAUAACUAUAACAAGAGGGUGUCACUUGCAUUGAAACUGCUGUAUUGCUGUUUCAGUUUCACCUGCAACCACAUCUUGACUGAGAAUAUAUAGAGGUGUCAAUGAAAGAAUUUACUAAGACUAUCAAUAUCAAUUAGGCAAAAAUGGCCAUACACGAAGGUAUACGUAUCUAAAAAGCAAGUCUUGAUCUCUUAAUGUCUAUCUUUUGGAGCUCUUUAUGUCUUGAUUUUCAUUUCGAUUUGGUCACAGGUGAAACAACAGACUAUAUGCAAGUGACAACCCCUUGUACAUGUAUAUCAUUGUAUUUUCUAUCAUAGAGCAUCAUGUUCUUAUUAAUAUUUUUAACAAUCGUCAUACUUUCCUGUCUCAGUCUCUUUGUGAUUCUGUUGGUAUCGCUUGGUUACUUUAUGCUGAACGUAUGUUAACACAAGAAGCAGUUAGUAGAGUAGUGUCAGCUAAUCCCUCUGUUCCUAAUCAACGUGAGGCUUUAUUAACUGUUGUCAAAGAAGCUGUUCAAACUAAUACCAGCAGUUUACAUACAUUUGCUAAUGUAUUGUGUACAAUAAGUACUAAUGUAUCACUAGGACAAGCUAUACUGGAUGAUAUUAGUAAGUAUUUUCCUACUCCUAAAGUGGGUAUGGUUUCUGAGACUCUUAAGGACGCUAUUGUUUCUCAAAAUACAAGUUCUGAUGAAACCAAGAUACCAAAAAUUGCUCAAUCUGAUACAUCUACUUCUGAUGCAAGUAAUUCUGUUUCCCAACCUUUAUCGCCUCAAGUUGAAGUACAUGUUCCUGUUCCUAAAGACUUACUAAUGAGCUUUACGUCAGUGAGAAUGUCUUAUGGAAGGAUGUUUUAUAAUAUUGGCAAGAUUAUUAAACGAAAAUCUCCUCCUUUGGAUGAAAUAAAGGAAUUCCUUUCUUGUUGUAGCUCAAUUCUUAGACGAAAAGUAGAGCAAUGUACUGAUCUUUCUGGUAUCUUGCAUCUUAUUCAAAAUGAAUGUUCACUGACUAAUAUUGAACUCCUUCAUAGUGUAGUUGAUGAAAUGGAAGUUGCAGAAGCUACAAAAUACAUUGAGACAUAUAGAACUGAGUUAAAGGAAUUCUGUGUUGUAAUAUGUAUGACAUAUGU